AUGACUGGAGAGUACAGCUUCCUUCUUCUUUUCCAGAUGUUUUUCUCCUUGUCAGUUCUUGGUUUGCUGGUGUCUAACACCAACAAUUAUGGGGCGAAGAAGCAAGCAGGAAAGAAAGAGGCAUGGAAGCCCAUUUCUAUCCAAGACCAAUGCUGUUACAUCUCACUGGUCAUUUACAUGGGGCUUGUGAAGUUGAAGAACCUGAAGGACUACUGGAGAACAUCAACACUCUACCAACUGCCUUUUCCCACCACUGUCAUGUCUUCUACCAGAUUUCUUACUAUCUCGCGGGCGCUUCAUAUCAGUGACCCACAAGCUGACGACGACAAUGAGAAGAAGAAGCUUUGGUAGGCUCUGCAAAAUCAAACCUCUCUACUCCAGCAUGGUUGAGGCCUGCAAGACCCAUUUUCAGCCCGCCCAGAACCUGUCCAUAGAUGAGAGGAUGGUAGCCUCAAAGUCUAGAAUUGGCCUCAAACAAUAUAUGCAUAACAAGCCAACAAAAUGGGGUUAAAAACUGUUUGUUUUGGCCGAUUAUGUGUGUGCCUACACUUGGAAUUUUUUUGUUUACGAGGGGAAAUCCAUCUCAGCCACCGGUAAGGGACUUAGUUAUGAUUCCGUUAUUAUUUGAAUUAUUGGAUUUUGCACUGCUGGGGACGGGCUACAAACUGUUUGUGGAUAACUUUUACACAAGCCCUACCCUGUUUACAGACCUGAGGAAGCUGAAUGCAUGAUCUUGUGGCACCAUUCGUCCCAACAGUGGGUUUUCCCAAAACAAAAGUAAACGACAUGCCUAAGUGGGCUGAUAGGGGUGCCAUGCGAUGGAUUCGUAAAGAUGGCCUGCUCUUUGUGAAGUGGAUGGAUACCAGAGAGGUGGUCAUGUGCACCACUGUCCACAAAUCGUACAGUGGCGAUCACGUCAGCAGGCAUGUGAAGGACGCUAAUGGGGCAUGGACCAAGAAAAAUAUCCCCAUUCCAGCUGCUGUAAAGGAUUACAACAAGAGCAUGGGAGGUGUGUACCUGUCAGAUGCGCUGAUAGGCUACUACAAUGUUCUCCACAAGACGAUGAAAUGGUACAAGACAUUGUUCUAUCACUUCAUCGACAUUGUUGUGGUGAAUGCAUUUAUCCUCCAGAAGGAAAUGGCUAAGAGCUGUGGACAGAGAGCUGCUCAUCCAGGAGCUUGCUGACUACGGCACAAAGUCCACUGCAGCACCUUCUGUCCCCUCUACCUUUGUCCCCUCUACUCCUGCCACCAGUGGUGUUCACCUGCCAAAAUACAUAACUGCAGACAUGAAUGUGCCUCAGGGCCAAAAGGGCACAGCUGGGAGGCGUCAU